GCUGCCGCACCGAGCGCGGCGGGGCCGCGGCGCCCCGGGACACGUGAGGGCCGGGAAAAAGACCGGCACCGGCACCAGCACCGGCACCCAACAGGCGCUCCGUGGCCAUGGCCGGGAACAGCCUGGUGCUGCCCAUCGUGCUGUGGGGCCGGCGAGCCCCCACGCACUGCGUCUCCUCCCUGCUGCUCGUGGAUGGCUCUGUCAUCGUCACCGGCUGCCAUGACGGGCAGAUCUGCCUCUGGGACCUGGCUCCUGACCUGCAGAUCAAUCCCAGAGCUCUGCUCUUUGGCCACACAGCCUCAGUUACUUGUUUGUCCAAGGCCUCGGCAUCCAGUGAAAAGCAAUAUAUAGUGAGUGCAUCAGAGAGUGGGGAGAUGUGCCUGUGGGACGUGAACGACGGCAGGUGCAUCGAGUUCACCAAGCUGGCCUGCGCUCACACGGGCAUCCAGUUCUAUCAGUUCACAGUCGGCUCGCAGCGGGAAGGGCGGCUCCUGUGCCACGGACAUUAUCCUGAAAUCCUGGUGGUGGAUGCAACCAGCCUGGAAGUUCUUUAUUCCUUGAUAUCCAAGAUCUCUCCUGACUGGAUCAGCUCCAUGACCGUCAUCCGCUCCAACAGGACACAAGAGGACACCGUGGUGGCCGUGUCCGUGACCGGCAUCCUCAAGGUGUGGAUCGUCACCUCGGAGCUCAGUCGGGCACAGGACACCAGCCCGGUGUUCGAGGAGGAAUCCAAACCCAUCUACUGCGAGAACUGCCAGAGCAUUUCCUUCUGCUCCUUCACGCAGCGCUCGCUCCUGGUCGUGUGCUCCAAGUACUGGAGGGUUUUUGAUGCUGGAGAUUAUUCCCUGUUAUGCUCGGUGCCCAGUGAAAAUGGGCAGACCUGGACUGGUGGGGACUUUGUGGCAGCUGAUAAAGUGAUUGUGUGGACAGAGGAUGGACAGAGUUUCAUCUAUAAAUUACCAGCCAGCUGCCUGCCAGCCAGCGAUUCCUUCCGCAGGGAUGUGGGGAAAGCCGUGGAGAGCCCCAUCCCACCUUUGUUGUACAGCGUGUUGGACAGAGCACAGAAGCAGCUCCUGAUCUGUCCUCCUGUGACUCGCUUCUUCCGUGGCCACACACAGCUUGAGUCCAGGCUCUUAAUCCAGGGGGAUUCCUCAGGGAGACUGAGCAUUUGGAGCGUGCCCGACACCCCUGAGCAGCAGCAGGACAGUGCAAAAGGCCUGCUGGCAGCCACCUCGGUGUCCCUGCAGGAAGCGUUUGACCGGCUUUGCCCCCGUCCCGCGGGGAUCAUCGACCAGCUGAGCGCGGUUCCGCACGAGCCCCUGCGCGUCACCGCCAGCGUCUACAUGCCGGCGCACGGGCGGCUGGCGUGCGGCCGCGAGGACGGCAGCAUCGUCAUCGUGCCCGCCACGCAGACCGCCAUCGUGCAGCUGCUGCAGGGGGAGCACACCCUGCGCAGAGGCUGGCCCCCUCACAGGACGCUGCGAGGCCACCGGAACAAGGUCACCUGUUUGCUGUACCCUCACCAGGUGUCCUCCCGCUACGACCAGAGGUUCCUGAUCUCGGGCGGCGUGGAUUUCUCCGUCAUCGUCUGGGAUAUCUUCUCCGGAGAGAUGAAACACAUCUUCUGUGUGCACGGCGGGGAAAUCACCCAGCUGCUGGUGCCGCCGGAAAACUGCAGCGCGAGGGUGCAGCACUGCGUGUGCUCGGUGGCCAGCGAUCACUCGGUGGGGCUGCUGAGCCUGAGGGAGAAGAAAUGCAUCAUGCUGGCCUCCCGCCACCUCUUCCCCAUCCAGGUGAUCAAGUGGAGACCAUCUGACGAUUACCUGGUGGUGGGCUGUUCCGACGGCUCCGUCUACGUCUGGCAGAUGGACACGGGGGCUCUGGAUCGCUGCGUGAUGGGAAUCACAGCCGUGGAGAUCCUCAGCGCCUGUGACGAGGCCGUGCCCGCCGCGCUGGACGCGCUCAGCCACCCCGCCGUCAACCUGAAGCAGGCCAUGACGCGCCGCAGCCUGGCCGCGCUCAAGAACGUGGCCCACCAGAAGCUGCAGACCCUGGCCACCAACCUGCUGGCCUCGGAGGCCUCCGACAAGGGGAAUUUACCCAAAUACUCGCACAACUCCCUGAUGGUUCAGGCCAUCAAGACGAACUUGACAGACCCCGACAUCCACGUGCUGUUCUUCGACGUGGAGGCGCUGAUUAUCCAGCUGCUGACGGAGGAGGCGUCGCGGCCCAGCGCCGCGCUGCUCGCCCCCGAGAGCCCGCAGAAACCCCCGGGCGGCUCCGACAAGGGCGGCUCCUUCCUCGCCGGCAAGAGAGCGGCCGUGCUCUUCCAGCAGGUGAAGGAAACCAUCAAGGAGAACAUCAAGGAGCACCUCCUGGACGAUGAGGAUGAGGACGAAGAGGCCACGAGGCAGGGGAGAGAGGACGGCGACCCGGAAUAUCGCUCCAGCAAAUCCAAACCGCUGACUUUGCUGGAGUAUAACCUGACCAUGGACACGGCCAAGCUCUUCAUGUCCUGCCUGCACGCCUGGGGCCUCAACUCCGUGCUGGACGAGCUGUGCCUGGAUCGCCUGGGCAUGCUGAAGCCGCACUGCUCCGUGUCCUUCGGCCUGCUGUCGCGGGGAGGCCACAUGUCCCUGAUGCUGCCCGGCUACAACCGGCCCGCGGGCGGGGUGACGGAGGGUUUGGGAAGGGGCACGUACGGAGUGUCGCGGGCCGUCACCACGCAGCACCUGCUGUCCGUCAUCUCGCUGGCCAACACGCUGAUGAGCAUGACCAACGCCACCUUCAUCGGAGAGCACAUGAAGAAAGGCCCUGCCAGGCCACCCAGGCCGGGCACCCCCGAGAUGGGCAAGGGGAAGCCUCCGACCGCCGGCCACGCUGCACAAGGACAGAUCAAACAAGCCGCUGCUCCCGGCGCAGACUCCGGCCCUGCCGACAGCUCCGCUUUCCAUCCCUGUUUCUUGGUCAAUGAAGGCUGGAGCCAGUUGGCUGCCAUGCACUGUGUGAUGCUCCCGGAGCUGCUGGGGCUGGAGCGGUUCCGGCCGCCGCUGCUGGAGAUGCUGCCUCGGGAACGGCAGGAUCGCUGCCUGGAGGUGCGGGAGGCGGCGCAGGCGCUGCUGCUGGCCGAGCUGCGCAGGAUGGAGCAGGCCGGCCGGAAGGAAACCAUCGACACCUGGGCUCCGUACCUGCCCCAGCACAUGGACAGCCUCAUCUCCCCCGGAGUGACCACGGAAUCCCUCCAGGCUCCGUCCGGCAGCGCGGAUCCGUCGGGAGCGGAGGCCAAGGCGCAGGAGGAGGAGCCGGAGCUGGCUGACGAUGACAUGGCAGCGG